GAAACAAAGAAGCAAGAAAGCUGAGCCUGGGAAGGAGGAAAUGCACCAAUGGGAGGCUCCCCCCGGGCACACAACUGUCUGAGCCGCCAGGAAAGCGAGCCCUUUCCGUGGGAGCGGGACUGGGGAACAGGUCGCUGCACUGAGCUGGCUGCUCCAUGCCCACGAGGAGUUCACACGCCGACGGGAGGAUGAAAGGGUACUUGGACCAGCAAGUGCCUUACACGUUCACACACAAACCGCCCGGAAAUGGGACCCUCAGCAGCCGAGCUCUGAUGGGCGCCAGGAGACCCAUGGACCCAGGCUUAGCCCCCCUUCAGGACUCGGAAGACCUCUUCCAGGAUCUGAGCCAGUUUCAGGAGACUUGGCUGACAGAAGCUCAGGUUCCAGACAGCGAUGAGCAAUUUGUGCCUGACUUUCAUUCAGAAAACUUAGCUUUUCACAGCCCUCCUGCUAAAGUUAAGAAGGAGCCACAGAGUCCCUGUUCUGACCCAGCACUGUCCUGCAGCCAUAAGCAGCCAUUUCGAUACCGCAAUGGCGAGCAAUGCCUUUACGCCAGUGCCUAUGACCAAACCAGACAAGUUGGACUCAAGUCCCCAAACCCAGGAACCCCGAUACAGUCACCGCUUCAACAUUUCCCUAGGCAGGACAGGAGCUUCCUGAGCCCUCAGGGGCCGUCCCGACCCACAUCCAGCCGUGGAUACCUCAUGGAACACAGCUCCGUCUACCAGCCGCCUACGGAGAUGUGCCGUUCCUUCCCCUCCUCUCAGGGCAUGGGCCGAGAAGCUCCAGUUGCCUACCAGCGACAGAUGUCCGAGCCCUGCCUACAGUACCACCCACAGGGCUUUAAACAGGAGUACCACGACCCGAUGUAUGAGCAGGCAAGCCAGCUGGGGAGCAGCAGUGACCACCGGUACCCAGCGGGAGUGGUGAUCAAGCAGGAGCAGACAGACUACGCCUAUGACUCAGAUGUUCCUGGCUGUCCUUCCAUGUACAUGAACGCUGAGGGGUAUCAAAGCCAUUCAAAUACCGAAGGGACAUUAGGCUAUGGCUACAACAAGCAGAUGAGGCCAUUUGCUGAUGAUGUCUGUGUCGUCCCGGAGAAGUUUGAAGCAGGAGACAUCAAGCAGGAAGUGGGCGGGUACCGGGAAGGACCCCCGUACCAGCGCCGAGGGUCUCUUCAGCUCUGGCAGUUCCUGGUGGCUUUGCUGGAUGAUCCCACCAAUUCCCACUUCAUCGCCUGGACCGGCAGAGGGAUGGAGUUCAAACUCAUUGAGCCUGAGGAGGUGGCCAGGCUAUGGGGUAUCCAAAAGAACCGGCCAGCCAUGAACUAUGACAAGCUGAGCCGGUCCCUUCGCUAUUAUUAUGAGAAAGGCAUCAUGCAGAAGGUUGCUGGAGAGCGCUAUGUGUACAAGUUUGUCUGUGAGCCUGAAGCCCUUUUCUCCCUGGCCUUCCCUGACAAUCAGCGGCCAACCCUGAAAGCAGAGUUUGACCGGCAGAUCAGCGAGGAAGACACUGUUCCUCUCUCCCACCUGGAUGAGAACACGGCUUACAUCCAGGACCUUGGGAGCCUCCCUUCCCAGCCUUACAGCAAGAGCUACCCCUACUAAUCCCACCAGGAGCCCGCUGCACGGCCAUUGUGUUUGUAUCUAUGGAGACGUUUGCUAGUAAUCGAUCUGCAUAGGAGCUUUCCUGGCCAGCUUGGGCUCCACUAGACUCUUUGAAUAGCUGCCUGUGAACAGGCAGCGGUGAUGCAAGCCCAUCCUUGGACAGCUAGCCAGUAGCUGAGGCUCGGAAAGACACUGGCUGCACCUCAUUCACCCAGGAUGUGGACCCAGACUUGGUGCAGUUGAACUGGCUCUCUCCAAUACAGAAACCUCUCAGUGCUGCCAGGGCAGAACAGCAGCAGCAUCCGGAGCCAGUGCCGAUAAAUGUGUGAUCGUGUCACAUCCCCAGCAUCAAUCCUGUCUCUGGCCUUGGCCUCCCGCCAAGCGGGGUGGGGAGGAAAUGGGAGCCUGUUGGGCUCUCUCCUCUCAUUUUAUGAUUCUAUGAAACUGCAGUUAAUUCCCUCGCUUCCCCAGACACCGACACUCCUACACCCAACCUUCCUCCAAGCACUGUUCUUACCCACACUACUUCUUACACGCUGGGGACAGGCCUGUCCCCAGAAGGGCAGUAGGGAUCUGAAGGUUUCAGCUCACACUUGUUCCAUACAAACUGCUCGGCAGGAAUGGGGAACAUUUCUUCCCUUGGAUGUAUUUGCUCCUGUCUUGGUGCCUCCUUGCUCAGGAUGCUUCGUCUCUGGGCUGUUUAGUGUUUGAAGCCUAUUGUCAUACUGGGAACGAUAGGAAGGGGACCAGCUGCGACCAGCCAAUGCUGGCACGGUUCUGGUCUGCUUGACAGGAAAUGUCACCAUGGUGAGCCAUGGAGCCCCUGGACUCCGCUGGCCUGGAGUGUGGCUCUGAGCCAGAGGAACCCUGCAGAUAAGUGGGUUAGGGUUAGGGUUAGGCUAGAGAGCAAAGCCUGAGAUGGAAAGGGAUGCUGGUGCCCAUGGCUGGGCUGCUGAUUGCUCCUGACUGAGCAGGGGCUGCCUACAGCAGCCAGGCUCCUCAAACCUGAAGAGCUUCCACCAAAAACAUCCUCAGCAAUUUUGAGAGACCCAUUAAUGCUGGUCAGACCUGCUGUUCCUGGGCAUGUGGGUAAAUCCUGGGGGUUAGAAAAUAAUCUCAGCCUCUGGAUGUGAGGCAUUCGCUUUGCAAAAAAGCCACACUCCCCUUGUUCAUCUGUAGCUGGCUUUCCCAGAUGGGCAUGUGCGAGGGGUAAGAGAGGCGUUCAUGAGAAGCUGUUGGGGGUCCCUACCGGCUAAUGCAGCACGGGCUGCAUAAUGAGAGAUUAGGAGACGCUUUACCAGCCUUCUCACUGAGAGGGCCCUUCUCCUACCCCCACUGUGCUAAGCAGCCCCACCCAGACACAACCACAGUAGGAUCGCAGGAGCAGCAGUGCCUGUGUGGUGGAGCUCAGCUCUCCUUGCACCCCGCUGCUCCUCUGGCUGAUUUUCAGGCUCCUGAGGGCAGAAAGGUGUUGGCUCAGCCUCAUGUGGCAGUUUGGAGGGAAAGUUUUUUUAUAUUGCUUAAGAGGCUGAUUUCCCAGGAGCUUCCUCUCUGUGCAGCUGGCAGGGAUCCUCACUUCGGCCCCGGGUGCAAUGUGGAGGGGAAGCUCUCCCUGACCCACAGGGUGGUGGGGAUGUGCCAUUUACAAAGUGCUCAGCCUGCUCCUCUGCACCCUUGUGAGAACCUCCCUCCUCCUCUGGCCCUCUGCAGCCUGCAGCCCUCGACCUGCUCACUCUCCAUUGCCCCACAAGUGACGGAGAAGGGGGGGCCCUUCCCACUGGCAUCACUUAUUUUUAUUAUUUAUGAGUGUAAAAAAUACUAUAAUCAAUAAAUUGGUCUAUAUCUUUGGCCGGUGCCCCUUCAUUCAGCUCCCUGGCUUCUUCUACCUUCCCUUCUAAGCUUGCUCUGCUUGGCUCAUUGGCAUCAGCAUGCAGCUUUGUAUGGAUUGAUUCAGCCAGAUGGGGGAUGUGCAUUUACUUUCACGUUCCGUGUAGACCAAGGUAUCGUCACUGACCAGAACUCUGUGCACUAGUGACCUGCUCCUGUGAAAUCCUCCAACCCAAGUCGUGUCUGCCCUGCUGCAGCCCAUUCCAGCAGGUGAGACAAGGACAGGAGCAGUGGCAGAUCAUGGGCCUGCAGUGUGAGCUGGGCACGUGCAAGUUUUAUACCAAAUAUUUGGGGGGAUGUUUUUUCUCACUAUGUGUUUAGUUUUUGUACCUGGCUAACAGCAUUUGCUUUUUAUGAUUUGCUGUCAACUCUCAUUGAGAAACAAUGUACAUUAUAAGACUGCGCUAGCACCAGCUGCCUAAGAUAAAGGUGCAAAUUCUCCCAACGCUUUAAACCACCAUUUUGGGUCAGGCCCUGUUCAGAUACAGCUUUACAAAUUACAAUGCAGGGCAUUACAGAAAUCCCUUCCCACAAUCCCCACCCUGCCCCUCCCAUGCAUGAUUCACCCUACAGCCCAGCAUCGGCUCUAGUCUUACUGGGCCAUUGUCAGGGUGCUGAGAGUUGCUUUACCAAUAUACUAGCUGCAAAUGUUUCCAUGGGAAAUGCUAUUUGAGCUGUUCAAGCCUGCCCAGGGCUGGCUGCUGCUGGAAGGAGGAUGGGGGCAAAUAUUAGAUUUAUAAACUUAAUAUUAAGUGAGAAAAUGGAGUGUUUUGUUCUGUCCCCUGCCAGGCUGUGCAGGCAAGAAACCCAGAGUGAAUGACUUGCAUUCACACUGGCACCAUGCUAGGCUUCCUCUGCAUGUUAAAUUGCUCCUGUCACAGCACCGCAUAAGUCCCUGUUUAAAGGAGAAGUUGGUGGUCCAGUAUUGCCUGUCCAUUGCAGGAGGGCUGAGACUCAGAGUGCACAUGUCCGCACUCAGGAAGAGAUUGUGAUACCUGGACAAAUCUUUGUGGCUUUUCCACUCCUCAGAGGUGGGCUCCGUGGCCUCAGGAGUCAGUGAGCGCCUUCGGCUUUGAGUGCCUGCAAAGGGCAUCCCAGGAGUCCUGCACUGAGGGAGCUGGGCCUGCGCGCUUUGCACAACUGCCUGGGUGGCAGGAAGCAGGUGAGAGGGCGGUGGUGGGCUGGGGAGAAAAAUACACCAGGAAGCAAUGGGGCAAGAGAAGAAGUGUGUUUCGUAGCUUGUCAUUUCAGCACAGGACGACUGGAGACGCUGGCUGUGCUUGUGGGAGUCUGGUCAUGCGAGGGUGAUGCUGGGACUCUCCCAUUAAACUUGGACAGGCAGGAGUUUUAAUGUUGUGGUAAUGCCCAGAAGAGAGAAGGUGCUUGUCAUGACUCCACACUCGGCAGACUCUUUACUUCCUCCCUGAGCCUGUCUGUAUUCACCAUCCUCAGACCCGAAUAAAAGAACCCGCUGUGC